UGGUUCAUGGCCAACGGCCAUGGGUUGGACGUAGCAUUUUGCUAAGUUUCUAUUGGACAAACGUAUCGCGGCUCAUUCUCUGAUUGGUUGAAAUUAUCCGAGAGCUCCGUCUCUUCCUGAGCGCUGUUCCGGUUUAUAUGUUAGGGGGAAAAAAAGAAAAGACGAAUGGAAAAGAUUGCAAUCCAGACAACGACCAUUGCUUAGUGAUUUAGCGGUCAGAAAAUAUCGAAAUGAGCUCACAGCAAUUCCCUCGACACGGGCUGCCUACUUCCAGCGGAGCAACAGCUCAGAUCCCUGCUGCCCCAAACCUGAUGCCCGUCAACCAGCCAUCAACUGCUCCAGAAGGAGAUGGCGGUCGUGAAGCCGAUCACAGUCAGCAAGAUCACCCACCUGCUACCAGUGGAGGGACUUUAGCCUUUCGAGAUGAGAAGCAGGAGACCAUGGUGGUCAGACCUUACCCUCAAGUGCAGACACAUGGGCAGGCACAAGCUGUUCCUCAAACUGUGUCUAUCCAGCCUGGUGCUCCUGUGACUGUACCUGCACCUUCUGUGCACCUCCCACAGGGACAACCAGCAGUCCUCACUGAGGGACAGAUGAAGGCUGUUCUGAAGCCACCGAUGCCAAGUCGACUUAUUGCUCCAGCACCAGCUUCCAACCAGACCCAUAUUCCAAUCCCUUCCAAGGUGCCUAGUCACAUUACUGUCACCAUUGAAAGCAGCAUUGCCCCCACCCCAUCUAUUCCCGUGGCAACUAUCAGUGGUCAGCAGGGUCACUCUGGCAACUUGCACCAUCUGAUGCCGGCUAACAUUCAGAUCAUUAGGGGACAGAUUAGCGCCCCCACAGUUUCUCCCCAAACGUUCACAUCCCAUUUACCUCGUGGAGCUGCUGCUGCAGCUGUUAUGUCCAGCUCCAAAACGGUCUUGCGACCAGCCACUGGAGCAGGUGCAGGGCCUGGCCAGCCUGCAGUGCAACACAUCAUCCACCAGGCCAUUCAGUCCCGACCGGCUGUAACAACUUCUACGGCUGUGCUUCCAACUGUGGUGGCUCCUAUUUCAGCAACGAGAACUCAGUCUCCCGUCAUCAGUCCGACUGUCACGCACUCUGAGGUGGCUCAUGGGCGGCCAGCCCUGACAAUUCACACCACACCCACCGUCAGGCCUCAGACCUCCCGUGACUCCACCACGCGGAUCACUCUGCCAUCACACCCUGCAAUUGGAGCUCAGAAGCCCCAGCCUCCACACACCAUGACACAGAAGCCCAUAUUUAGUACGGUGGCACCAGUAGCUGCAGCAACUGUGGCGCCAAUUGUUGCCACCAACACUGUACCAUCAACAACCACAAUAGGCUCUGUGCCGCACACUCAGAUGACCAGUAGUACUAUUGUCACCAUGACGAUGCCGUCCCACUCAUCUCAUGCCACAGCAGUGACCACCUCUGCUAUUCCUGUUGCUAAAGUGGUCCCCCAGCCCAUUGCCCACUCUUCCUCCCGUGUUCAGCCUGACUAUCCUGGAGAGAGAACCAACCUUAUCCCCAUUCCUGGACACAGGUCUUCUCCUAACCCCGUCACAAUGGAAGCCAGAAGUGACAAUAGGCCCCCAGUACCAGUUCAGUUCCAGUAUUUUUUGCCAACAUACUCGUCCUCAUACCCACUGACCCAGACCUACACCCCAAUCAGCAGCUCUGUCUCCACCAUCCGCCAGUAUCCAGUCACUCCACAAGCUCCAAGUUCAGCUCUGCCCACGCAGGCUGGAGUGGGUGUGGCUACCACUGUCCACCUGAACCACAUGCAGCUGAUGGCGGUUGACCGGAUUGGUCUGCCUUCAGCCCAAAUCAGCACCCAGGGGAUCCAGCAAACACCUAUUGCUGCACAAGGCAUCCAGCCCGCGCAGAUGGGAGUUCAGAGCCUGCACUCGUCUGCACCCAUCACAACUCAAGGAAUACAGCAGGCGCCAAUAGUCACGCAGCAGCAGCAGCAGCAACCUCAGAGUGAAACAAAGCCUGGAGUUGUGUUGGCUGAUGGCUUUGUUGCCAGUCCCAUUAGCACCACCUUUGGCACCACCCAGCCUGUAGCCACCAUGGUGCAGGGUCACACUCAGGGAGGAGGAGUAGGAGGAGGUCCCACUCUGGUUUCCUCCCCUCGACCCAGCAUUCUCCGCAAGAAACCGGCAAACGAAACGUGUGUUCGUAAGAACCUGAUUCCCGCCCAAGCCAGUGAACCCAGUGGCGCUAGGAUUGAGUCUGGGGGUGUGAGAGGAGCCGGUUCUCCCCGGCCUGCUGGCGUCAAACCCAAAACUGAGGUCCACAUGGCCAUGCCCCCACCAGUCAUGGCUGCAGUGGAGGCACUACCUGCUCAAGGAGCGGAGCAGCAGGGCGUGGUCUCGAAUCCUCAGCACUUGGCCCAGGCCCUCCCCACCAUGCUCGCCACGCCGGGACCAGUGCCCCCCUCCCAACCCUCAACUGUUCUCUCUGCUCUGCCGGCAGCUAUGGCUGUGACGCCUUCUGUUCCUGCCUCAGUGGCCAACACAGUGGCCUCGCCCACUCAGCCUGCAGCUAAUAGCACAGCAGCAUGUGCUGCAAGCUCCACCUGCCCAGAUGUGAAAGUCAAACAGGAGGCGGAGCCCAUGGAAACUUCCCAGCCAGAUCCCAGUUCAGGUAUGUUAUCAGCACAGACCAUCACCACCCAGGCCUCCACACUCAGCGCUCCUGGAACAGGAGAUCUGAUUCCCGGGGCUUCCCCAAGAAAGAAGCCCCGCAAACAGCAGCACAUUAUUUCAACCGAGGAGAGUGAAAUGGUUGAAACCAACAGCACGGAUGAAGAGAAGGCUCCAGGCAGGCCCAUGAGCGGCAGGGCAGAGCGGCGGGAAUCUCCACCACGAGAAUAUGUCGAUGAAGAAGGAGUGAGAUAUGUGCCUGUAAAGCCCCGCCCACCUAUUACCCUUUUGCGACACUACCGUAACCCUUGGAAGGCUGCUUACCACCACUUCCAGAGGUACAGCGACAUUCGGGUCAAAGAGGAUAAGAAGGGCACAUUACAGGAGAUGGCUAAUCAGAGAGGAGUGGCCUGCAGAGCACAAGGCUGGAAAAUUCACUUAUGUGCCGCACAACUUAGACAGCUGUCGAGUUUGGAGCAUGACGUCUACAGCCGCCUCUCCUCCCUCCAGGAAGGCCUGAUCCCGAAGAAGAGAGCCGGUGCCGACGACGAUCUUCACCGAAUCAAUGAGCUCAUACAGGGUAACAUGCAGCGGUGUAAGCUGGUGAUGGACCAAGUGACAGAGGCCAGAGACACCAUGAUGAAAGUGCUGGACCACAAGGACAAGGUGCUGAAGCUGCUGAACAAGAACGGCGCCGUCAAGAAGUCUUCCAAGCUGAAGCGGAAAGAACGGGCGUGAGGGACUUCGACGUCCUCGACCACCACCACCACUGGCCCCAGCCUGAAGGGGCAAAGGAGCUGCUUUUAUUUUGGUGCUAUGAUUUGCUGCAUACAAUCGUGCGCCCCCUCCCUGACUGCCUGAGAGCAGGCGUAGAGAAGUGACAGGGAGGCUACAACGAGCAGACGAGUCCCGUUCACGAACAGAAGGGAGGUGGAGGUGUAUUUUUUUUUGUUUUUUUUGAAUAAGAGUGGCCUACUAGAGCACCCCCUCUUUUUCAUUUGUCUCUGACAGAGUUGAUGAAGAUGACACUUUGUUUUGCUGAUGUUUGGCACAAACUGGAGGCUCAGUGAAUGAUAUGCUGAGCAUGCCCUCAAAGGAAGAGUUAAUGAGGGGAAGGUCAGUGCUGAGUCAUCCUUAAGUCAACUUUAACUUCGUGUCUGACUUUACAUCAAACUCAUUUUAAUUGUGGUCUUUUCAAAAGCUUGUACUUUGAUUUUCUCAUUACAUAAAUUGAUCAAGAAAACAUUUAACCUAGAGGAAAAUAAAAGUGAUUUUAUUAUGCCCAUACUAGUUAUUUUGAUCUUUAUAUUCUGUAAAAGGAAUAUCUUUACUCCACAUUUAUACAAAUUAUAAAAAAACAAAGUACAUUUAAGAAAAUAUAAAUUUAAUGAAUGCAACAAGAAAAGGUUCUGAAAAGGAAAACUUGUAUUUUCUGAAUGAAAGUUGGAAACGCUAAGUUAGCAUCGUUUUAUAGCAUCAUCAAUUCACCUAAAGACAAAAUAACACAUUUCCUCAGUGACUUGAGGGACUGGAAGGAGGUACAGGUAACCAGAGGGAGGGCAACAAUCCCUGUGACCACAGCUGUGUAUUCAUGUAAAUCACUGUAAAUGUGCUUUUGGUUUUCCAUUCAUUUGGUUCUGUUCAAGUUUUUGUACUGUGUGCAACAAACCGUUUGUGUUGUGUGUGUGUGUGCGUGUGUGGACGCCGCUUCACGUUGCAAUGCGUAAAGCGAGACGGAAACAUCCAGUUAUUGUACAUUGGUUUUGUCUGUAAUUAUAGUAAAGACUGAGAAAAAUAACAA